GAUGAUUUGUUUUAGGAUUUAGAUGUAUGAUCUAGGUGUAGUUAGGAUUUAGGUAAGAUUUAAGUGUAUGACGUAAGGAUUUAGGUAGAAUUGAAUAUUAAGGUGCAUAUAUGUUUUUAGGAUUUAGGUUGAUUUAGGAUUUAUGUGAUUGAUAUGUCUUUGUUGUCCAUUUAUGCAGAUAGACAAUGUCAGGUAGAGAUAAAGAUAUUGUAUGGGAACAUGGUGAAAAUUUUUAUCCCGGAUGGCGGUGCAAGUAUUGUAAUACGCAGAAAGCAGGAGGUGGUGCGACUAGAUUGAAACAACAUUUGGCUCACCGCGGGGCGGAGGUGGUCCAUUGCAGGAAUGUGCCGCCAGAUGUGCGGGAGUAUUUUCAGCGUGACAUUGAGAAGGCUAGGAAGGCAACUGCUGAACGGGCUCGAGAGAGGUUGAGACGGGAGAAGGCUGCAGCGGAGGGAAACUAUCCCGGUGAAGAAGAAGAUGAGGAGACUCAGCUGCAGCGUGCCUUGGACCAAUCGAGAGCGGAAGCAGUGUACCGACGGGGGGUGGAACAGAGAGGAGGUGUAUACGAGCAUGGAGGGGAUAGUGGUUCGACGAGGGGGAAUCCUUUGCAGAGGAUGUUGCGUAGGGCAACUUCGCAGAGGGAGAGUCCUGCGGUGGAGGAUUAUAACGUGGCAUCCGGUGGGAGAAGAGGAAUGACCCAACAAAGAAUUGAUACAGGCUCCUGGACGCAGAAGGGUAGAAAUGCAAAGGAAGCUAUUGGUAAAGCUUGGUCAAAGUUUUUCCAUUUUGCGGGAGUACCUGGAAGACAGGCUGACAAUCCUUACUUUGUCAGCGCGGUCAGGGAGACACAGAAGUGGGGUGAAGGUAUCGCAUCACCAACUGGACGGGAUAUUGAUGGCAAGUACCUUGAUCAGAACGAGCAAGACUUGAAGACGAGGUACGUAAAGUUUCGGAAAGACUGGCCCUUAUUUGGCGUCACGUUGAUGUGUGAUUCAUGGACUGGGCCGACGAGGAUGAGUGUCAUCAACUUUUUGAUAUACUGCAAUGGAGUCAUGUGGUUCCACAAGUCUAUUGAUGCGAGUGGAAGAACUCAAGAUAGCACAUAUUUGCUUAGGGAGAUUCGAAAGGUGGUGGACGAGAUUGGACCGGAGAAUGUCGUGCAUAUAGUCACCGAUAAUGGCUCGAAUUACAAGAAAGCUUGCAAGGCACUAGGAGAGGUGUAUGAACACAUUCUUUGGACACCUUGUCUAGCACACACCGUCAAUUUGAUGUUGAAGGAUAUAGCUCGAAGGCCCGAACAUUCUGGUACGAUCAAGCAAUGCAAGCGAAUUUCUAAUUGGUUACACAAUCAUGGUCAGUUGAAUACAAUGAUGAGGAACGCAAUCGGUGGUGAGUUGGUCAAGUGGAAUGCCACUCGAUUUGGAACCAAUUACAUGUUCUUAGAGAGCAUAUAUCGGAAACGUGAUCGUUUCAUGCAGUGGAUGGCAUCUACUGAGUUUUUACAAAGCAAAUGGGCAGAUACCGAAGAUGGUCGAUUUACUCAUUCCAGGUUUUCAAAUUUGGAGUGGUGGGACGGAUUGAAAUAUGUCAUCGACACAGUUCAAGCAAUAUACAAGUUCCUUCGCUUCGCUGAUCAGGACAAGCGGCCCAACAUGUGCGAAGUCGUGAUGUCGUACCAGAAUACGAGACAGGAGCUGCAAUCUUUCUUUGGAAAUAAUGUUUCCACUCGGGACGAGUAUCUUAAGGUUAUGGACGAUAGGAUGCGUGACCUUUUCAUAGGCACGUAUGUGGGUCCAGCUGCUGUCCUAAAUCCGAGGUAUUCAUACACGAUGGAACCAACUCAAGAAAUGUUCCGUGGACUCAAGGAUACUUUUGAGCGCAUGACGGAUGUCCAGAGCGCCGUGCAGGCAUUGCAGGAGCUUGAGGUGUUUCGGCAGAAGGUUGGCGAGUUUGGCAGUGAAAUGGCAAUGAGAAUGGCGAUGGAUCCAAAGACAUCCCCAUCGUCCUGGUGGAUGAUGUUCGGAUCAAGCACUCCAAAGCUGCAGUAUCUUGCCAUGCGGCUUGAGGUCUCCGGCCCACCGAUACGUGAAGAAGGUGAUUUUAUCGACCAGCUGGCCCAUCUUUCAUUUUAUGAUGAGAAUAAUCCGGUGCGGGAAUGGAUGGAAUAUGGUCGAUCUAACCGCGCUCCAGUUCUGGACGAGGAUGAUGAUGACGGAGACGUCCCUCUCCCGUCUCAUAUUGUCAGGGAUCAAAUAAACCUCUCAGAUCUACGUGACACUACGGGGGAUGCUUGCAUCAGCGAUUGGGCACGUAGACAUGUGGGUGACACUCACCUAGGGAAGAGGAAAUUCCAGAGGGGGCAUACGAAGGGUGACUCGAAGCGUCAAAAACAAAAAGGAAAAGCAACAGCAAAAUCAGUGAACAGCGACACGUCCACAGAUGAUGGCGAUGGUGAGCGUAGUCCACCGUAUCAAGAGACUGGGGAUAGCAGCUCCGCUGGUGAUGGUGACGGUAGUGACGGUGCAGAUGCUGCUGCUGGUGGUGGUGGUGGUAGUGGUGGUGGUAUUCCCAUUCGUUUCACAGGGGAGACUCAGUUCACACAUGCUACACAGGACCCCGAUCAUGGAGCACCGGAAUCGCCGAGGAGAACGGUUGGACCGACGGACAACGAUACUCCACAGUACUCUUCUUCCUCCUAUAGCGAUUCCAGGCACUCUUUUCACUAUCCCAUACCUGACAUCAGCAUGGAGCCACAGACGAGAUGGGUGUACGAAUGGGAAGACCCCCAUUUUUACACUAUGUUAGUUCAGGAAUGGGAGACAACAUCGGCGUGGACAGGGCAAUCUUGGCAAGACUACAAGGCUGAACUGCUUAGAGUGCGAGGUUUGAAUGUGAUGUCCAUCGCCGAAUACCAAAUGGCGUCCAGAAUGGGGGUCUUCCCAUUCUUACGUUGAACUAUUAUUAAUGUGUAUCAGUGAGAGUGACUACUGUAUUUGUAGGCACGAUUAGGACUAUGGUAUUUGUAUGCACGCGCAUUAAUAUUGUAUAUCUCUGCAUAAUUAUAAAUUGUUACUUUGGUGUGGUAUUUUACAUUAAUAUGUGCAUAGUUCAUACCAAAAUUUCCUUUUAUUUCACACCACGGAACCAAUUUAAAACUGUCGGUUUAUUUUGUUAAAAGGCCGGUAACCGGUGCAACCGGUCCGGUUUUACCAACAAACCGGCCGGCUAACCGGUCCUAACC